AUGCUCGCCGCGCAUCGUGAUCAGGAAAACCUGGUGCACAGUCGCCAGGUGCCGUCGAAGCAGCAGCCGAAGACACCCGGGACGAGAUACCCCAAGACACCCCUCAGGUUUCGCAACGAUGAGAAUGCACCGACUGCUUUCACCGCCAAGACGGGGAUGGCUGGCGCGGUCAUAAAGGCUGGGAAGAGCGACAAAUUGUCGACGAGGAAGGGGCAUCAGCAGGCAAUGAUCACGCCGAUGGGUUCGUCCCCCCCCCCCUCCUCCAAUACCUCCCAGGCCAGGCCGACUGCUCAGAAGAUAAGCCAGAAGACCGUUGGGGGUGAGCCAGUACUCUUCGAUAUUCUCGCCGAUAAGGGCGAGCCGUCAGAGGAGGACGAUGAGCCCGAAUACGCACCACCAGCACCCACGCCAUUGCCGUACGAGUCUGACGUUCUCCCCCCAGGGGGUUUGACGUUUGAAGGAUUGAAGAAGGUAAAUUUUCUCAAAGGUUUCUAUGAGCAUUUUCACAACCCCAUCGACGAAGAUGGAAUUUCGCGUGAGCAGAAGCGCUUCAACCGAGAGAUGGAGGCCGUCUUGGGGAAGGCUAGGGAACACUGCCAACGUGAGGCGGCAGAGAUUGAUUGGAACACCCUUGACAUUGAGAAGCCGGAGGCAGUUGCAAUGGGUCUCAGGCCCAAUGCAUUCAAUGAUGUCGACACAGCACUGGACACGACGGCGAGGCCAAGCACGAGACGAAACCCUCCGACCAUGACGUCCCGGCGGGCAGUGUCGGCGUUAGCCCUUGCAUCGGUAGAUCGAAAUGCGGCUGUCACCAAGCCGCCUGGAAGGAAUCCAGCCAUCCGGCGCCCACUGUCCUCCAUCAUAUCCAGCAGUCGGGCAGCGAAGCCAGCCUUAGCACCGCCCAUGUCCACUUCAGGCAAUAUAGCGGCCGAGGCGGCAUCGCGAACAACGAUUGGCUACACCAAGGGCCGAACAGCAUCUUCCAUGAUUCGCUCACGCGGAGGAAGCGUGAUCAAUCGUCCGAAGCAGGCCAGUAAGCCUUCAGGACCCCGAGAUGGCGACUCUGUUCUCGCCACCACACUACCCUGUGCCUACCCAGGGGGUCUUGGGCGGGACCAGACCGAUUCGGAGCUGGUUCGACCUCAAUUCCUUUGCAUCUUCGACGACGUUGACGAUGAAGAUCUCCCCCCAAUGCGAGGACCAUAUCUAGGCGACGACAAGGAGGAGGAGGAGGAGGAGGAGUUUGAGUUGAAGCUGACUAUUUGA